GUGCUCAUUUCCAGUCUGGUGCUGCAGGGGUUUGAGUUCUAUUUAAAAGAUGAGCAGGAAGGAUGUCUUUACUAAUUGAUCCAAGAGUGUGAAGAUCAAAAUAUCUACUGGUGAAGACACAUCUACAGACAUGGAGAGUAAGCUGAUGUUUUUGCUGGUUUGUAUGAUUGGCUGUGCAGUGUCUUGCAUUAAGGCAGAUGGCCACCUAUCACCACCAACAAAUUUGACUUCCAACAUCACCAACAAUGAGUGUGGAAAAACCAAACUGUGUUUGGACAACCCUAAAGGAUGUGAUCCUUCGGGUAGCUCUCAGUGUUUCUUCACCUCAGUUACCUUAACUAACAUCAGCCUCACGGUUGAGCUCAGUGGAAACUCUACAGGUUACAUCGCUUUAGCAGCUGGAGUGACAUCUAAUGUGUCUCAGAAUCUCAAUAUCAUCUUUGUCUGUGGCAAUAAUAAUGGACGGUUCUUUUUCCGAACUACAACGCUUGUCAGUAAUACACUGCAGAUUACAAAUACACCUAAUGUAACCAAUAUCCAGGGUUUGAUACAGUCAAGCUUGAUACAGUGUGUUUUCAAAAUCCCAAUUGAUGAAACCGUCACCAGUUUCCUAAGCAAUGUCAACAUCACAAAUGUCAAAAUCAGCAACAAGCUUAACGUAUUCCUUGACAUCUUGAAGGGUUCAACAAGUGGAACUGUGCUGGGAACACCAACAAGUGUACUUGAGUCGUCUGUUCUGGUGGAUCUAGCUAAUGUGAAUUCUACUAAUGUUGUAAGCACCACAGCUACUCCAGCUAGCACCCCAGCUAAUUCAAAUGCCAGCAUCUCAUUCACCAGCCUACUGAGUCAUGCUGCAGUUUGCCUUGUCAGUAUCUUCUUGCAUCUGAUCUGAUGAGACCCAGAGAAAGACCUGAAGACUAAUCAUGCUUUAGAACAGUACAUGGAUAUUGUUGGCAUGUUUUCUUUAAGUAUCCUAUUUCUAUGGGCUUGUUUCUUAAUCUGAUUCUUUCUAUAAGAUUAUUCACAAACAUAUAAGAAACCCAUAUGUGUUUGACAUAUACAUGGUGUUAAGUAUUUUGGACACAUAUAAAAAACUACUUUUUUAUUGUGGUGUUUUAAUGAUCUUUUAACAUUGUUUACUGAUAGUGGAAAUGAUCAUGAAAAGUUGUUUUUUGAAAGAGAAACCAUUAUUACUUGACAAACUGUCAGUAGAUUUGUCAAAUGACACUGUCACUAUUUGUUGAAUUUUACUUUCAUUUUUAUGCUGAAGAAAAAAAAAUACUCUGGAUCAACUUAAAAAAAAAUACUUUUUUUUUUUUUUCUCAAAUUAUAUUUAAGGCAUGGUUUAAACAUUACAAAUUGAUUUAAUAUUAAUUUUAAAAAAGAAAUAAAAAUUUCCAAAGACAAAAACAUACAAAGUAAAAAGUAAUUUAUGGUUGCACUUUUUAUUUUACAUGUACUUACAGUGUACUUACCUAGUACUGGGUAAUAUAAGGUAACUACAUGGCUUAAGGUUAGGUUUAGGGGUAGGUUCAGGGUUAGUACCUAGUUAUUACCAAGUUAUUGUAAUAACUAUAAUAAGUACAUAGUUGCCUAUAUGUGUUAUGAGCUGCUCAGAGACACGAAGGCUGAGGAUCCAAGUGCAGCAUUUAUUGAAGGGAAUUACAUAAUUCAGGUCAAACAUGCAGAAGUCAAACACAAGUGAGCAGUCCAAACAAUGAUUAAAAUCCAUAUAACAGGCAGAACAGAUAAUCCAGAGAACAUGGGAAAUAAACCAGAAACCAAGACAUGGGAAAACAAGAAUACACAGCCUCUGAAUUGCAGUCUAACAGACAAAUAAGAUCUAGAAAUGAGUGACUGUGAAGACCAGGCUUUUAUAGAGCUAAUGGGGUAAAUGAGACACAGCUAAAACAAUAACGGCAGAUGAUGGGAAAUUAAGUCAUUAAUGAAAUGAUGAAAGUCCUUGGUGAAGUGCCCCCUGCUGACUCUCAUGGGCACUCCAGCUGGUGAACAUUACAGUAUGUAUGUACAUGAGGAACAGGACUGUAAAAUAAUGUGCUUGCUAAUUUAUUAUAAAUACCAACAUACUUAAAUUAGCUAUAAAAUGAAAGAAGAAUUUUCACUGAAUAUAAAACUAUAAACAUUGUCAAUGUUUACUUACUAUACUUACUACUGUAUAAAUGAAAACAACUUUAAAACUUUAAUGUUCGUGAUGUCUCUUUAAAAUAUGCAACAUAUUUAAACUGGAAAUGAUGAUUUUCAAUUAUACCAAAAUAAAAAUGCACUUUAUAUAAA